UACGAGAGAGAAACUACAGCGACAGAAUGACAAAUAAAAUAGAAUUGUAUAAUAUUCUCAUAUGAAAUUCCAGCAUAUGGCUUAAUGAAAGAUUAAUAAACUAACGACACACCUGUCAGGACAAAGUUUUCUGGCCUGCUAUUGGUCAGAUUGUUGUGGAUUGGAAAUCUCUGGGAUGCUAUUGGCUAGUGCGCCCGCCAAUCAAAGGGAGGACGGAGCAGAAGUUGAAGAAUGCUGGGAAAUGUAGUAGGCAAAAAGUUUUCAACUUGAAAGUUUGUAGUCGGGAGAAAACUACAAAUCCCAGAGUGCUGUGCGGGGGAAGGGAGGCUGAAGGCUGUGUAGGUGGAAGAGAGGAUACAUAAACUAGCUGUGGCGCGAUGGCGAGCGAGCUAAGUGAUGAAUCCAGUGAGUCGGAGAUGUUGAGCCGCAGUCUGUCCAUGUGGUACGGGGAGCCAUUGGAUGGACAAGAGUUGCCUUUGGAUCUUCAUACAGCGGCUUCUAUAGGACAGUAUGACGUUGUUCAGAGCUUUGUGUGCCGAAGGGAUGUAGACCUGAACCAGAAAAAUCUGGGCGGAUGGACACCACUCAUGUAUGCUGCUUACAUUGGUCACGAUGCGGUGGCGAGCCUCCUCCUGGAAGCCGGGGUAGAUGUGAACUGCAGGACCUCCAGUGGACAGACCCCUCUGAUGCUAGCCGCCAGCUGUGGGAAUGAGAGGGUGGCUUCUUUUCUGAUACAGCACAAGGCUGAGCUGGAGGCGAGGGAUGCUCGUGGUUGGACGGCUCUGUUUCACUGCACUAGUGCCGGACACCAGCGGAUGCUGCGAUCCUUACUGGAGAAUGGGGCCAAUGCAGAUUUUAAGGAGCCAGUAUAUGGGUUCACUCCGCUCAUGGAGGCUGCAGCCUCAGGACAUGAAAUCAUAGUGCAGCAUCUACUAAACCAUGGGGUGAAGGUGAUGGAGGCAGACCAUAAUGGAGAUACUGCUAGAAUGCUGGCGGCAAGAUAUGGCUAUUCAAGGAUAGUUUCUCUACUGGACUCCUAUCGCAUCCGUGGGUCCCGACUCCAUAGCAAGGGAUCAGCCCAUCAGGAAGAUCUUAGUUCAUCUGAUGAGUCUUCUUCCACCCCCUACCGGCCAAGACCACAGAGGAAGACUAAAGGUCCCAGCAUUCAUGAUGGGCCCCAAGCCUUGGCAAAGAUAACUAGCGGAGGAGGUGCGCAUGGCCGGCCUGGAUAUGCACCAGGCCCACCUCAGGGGUAUGUCACUUUUACUGAACUUGAUUCUGAGGCAGCGGGGUCGGACAAUGUGCGCUAUCGGGACGUCACCUCCCCCAUCAAUGACUGCGAUGUGGAGAGCAACGGGAGCAGUAAAGAAGAGGGAGGUGUCGGUAGAAAACGGAGCAGUAGCAGUGAAGGUGUGUCUCUGAACACGGGUGUGAGUAGUGAGGCCUCAGUUGAGAGUAAUGAGGAUUCUGACCCAGCUGUGGAAACCUCUAGCAGGAAGCAUGGCAAGAUGCACUCCAAAGGCAGACCGCGCAAUGGAGAUGUCCACAACAACCCUGGGCCCUCAAACUGCAGAGUCUCCAACUCGCAGCCUGAUCCAGAUAUUCCUUGCUAUACCGGGCCUAAGGACCUGGCAGAGCUGCUGGAGCAGAUUGGCUGUUCCAAGUACCUUCCUGUAUUCCAGGAGCAAGAUGUGAAUCUGCGGAUCUUCCUCACUCUGACAGAGCCUGACCUGAAGGAAGUGGGCAUCACCUUGUUUGGACCAAAGAGAAAGAUGACAUCUGCCAUUGCUCGCUGGCAUAGUUCUGCCCGUCCUCCAGGGGAUGCCUUGGAACAGGCCUAUGCUGAUCAUCUGGAAGCUGAGAUGCAAGAGUUGGCCAUACAGCUCCACAAGAAGUGUGAAGAAACUGAGCUCUUGAAAGGACAAGUUGACCAGGAAAGGGAACUCCGAGCCGUGGCCGAGAGCUGCCUCAUGGAGCAGGAGACAAAAUAUAGGAGUGUUCGCUGCCAGCUGGAAUCCACCUGUAACCUGGCCACGGAAACUCAGAGGGCAGUCACUCAGCUCAGGAUUUUCCAGGAAGAGCUAUCUCAUCGCCUGGGAAAAGCAAACUCCAUAAGAACGCGUACAACUCCUUCCAAACCAGCAGGACCUCAUGCUGGAAAUGGAGCCUCACUGAAGUCUAUGAGCAUGCUGGAGCUGUCAUCCUCGCUGGAGGAAAGCACUGUCAUACUGGAAAAGACAGUCCGAUCAGUACAGGAAAACCUGGAAAAGCUGAGAUCAUCCGAUAAAGGACGACACAAAUGGCCAGACCCCUGAGUGAUGAGGGGCCAUUCUUACUAUACCUCAGACGAUGGGUGAUGUUUUCCACCCCGAAGAUGACAGACCCCAGGGCACGGUGCCCACAGUAGCCCUGACCCUGCUCUCCUCAGCUUGGCGGGCCAACUGGAACUGGGCACCUCUUGGUCCUUGGGUUGAUGAUGUUGGACUGCAACUCAUGGUGAUAAUCUACUGAAAUGUAAGGAAGAAGACGCAGCAGUGAAGGCCAACAAUCUUGAUGCUUGUUGAUGGAAGAGACCGGGAUGGUCUACAAGACUGUUUGUUUUAUUGGAAAGUCUGACAAGCCUGACUGAGCAUUUGGUUGCUGGAUAAUCCUCAUUCUGCAAGUGGCAGAUUUUUAAGUGAUACAGCAUUUCUUUUGGGGACUUUUUUUUUUUUUUUCUAUUUUUAUCAGAUCUCUGUUUCUGAUAAAGACACU